GAAAGGGGCGAGGCCUGACGACAUCGGUUCCCUCGGCAACCUCCCGGCGUCUUCCAUCUCUCCUGGCCUUCGGUCAGCAGCGCAAGAGGCAACGGAGAGCCAGAGGCUGUCUUGCAGGGAAAUGCCUCUGAAUGGAUCAUCAGCAGCUGCAGCUGAACCAACAGAGCAGCCAAUGAUAUAUGAAGACCCUUAUGAAGCCUCUGUUAACUACGUGGAGAAACAUAAUAUCCUGCAUAUAUUUCAGGAGAUCACAUCAAAACUGCUGUACGAGAAACCUGAUGACCCUUUGCAGUUCAUAUUGCUGCAGGUGCAGUCCAUGAUAAAUGCCAGGCAGGCAGAAAAGGAGGGAAAAUCAAAGUAGCACAAAGAUACAUAGGAAUUUCUGGAAGAGGUCCUGGGCACUCCUUUGGGCUUCUACUGACCUUGCUGUUGUAUUCAUAGGGCAUAGGUAUUUCAUAGGGCAUUUCCAACAUCGUGCUUUUGCAACCAGUGGACGUACCUUGAAAAAGUCUGCUGGUAUCUGUUUCCUGAUUUUUUUCUGUUCUGUAUGCUUGCAUUUCCCCUUUUAAGUCCUGCAACCAAGUGUCAGUUUGGAUGCGCAAACUCAAACCUGAAAGAACUCAUGGACCUACAUGCACAUGUGGCACAUCCUGAAAAGUCUGGGCUGCUGAACUCUUGUCUGGUCUAUACUUACAAAAGCACAAAUUCUACAUUUAGGCCACCUCUAGUCUCUGCUUUUCUGUGCAGAGAAAUAAUACACUGUAUAAUUAAAAAGUAAUCCUGGACAACCUUUCCUUUUCAUGA